AAAUUCAUUGCAGAAAAAUGAAUGCGUUUUGGACUGAUUGAGUAGUUAAACUAUAUUAAGACACAAUUGUGUGACAUAACUAGUCUAUCAGAAUCAGUCAAUUUGGUGAAGUGGGCUGAUUUGAAUGUCAGGACUCAGUCAAGCACCACACGGCUUCUUCUGAGUAUUUUCCUGUGACUCUCUUGUUCUGUAGCUCCUACAACACAUUUAGCAUAGAACCCUCUAAACAACGUUGGUUUUAAAAUCCAUGUGUUUAACUUGCUGAGUGAUGCGAAAAACUCAUUAGAUUAUAAUAAGCACUUCUGAGAUUUGCCCUUUCAUGCAUUUUUCUGGAACAACUGUGGCAAAACGCACUUUUGCAGGACCGGCCAUCAGAUCUACUUCUAUCUUCGUCUGGCCCCUGCAGAUUCAGAAGUUGCUGACACGGUGCCAUUAUCUCCCUGUUCUCCCCGGUAACUAAAAUCCACAGACAGCUCUCCAUGUCGGCCAAUCAGAUAACAGAUAGCCCCUGAUUUCGAGUCAGGGCUGCACGCCUUUCAUCCUGCUGCUAGAAAGCAUUUUGCCAGGCAGAUAGGAUCCCACAGAGCGUUUACUGUAUGCAACAUUUAAAGAAUGGGCAUCAUGACAAAGCAUGGGAAGGAGAAACAGAGGGAUGAUCUUGUGCUUGAUUUUAAGGAUGAAGAAAUGAAGGAAGAGAGGGGGAAUAGAGUGAGUUGGGGGGAUGAAUAGAUAAAAGCGAGGAUGUUGGAAGACAAAUAAAAAGCAAGUACUGAGUAGGACUGAAGGAGGGAGGGAUUACGGGGGAGAAGGGAGACAGAAACCUUCUUUCAGGUCACCUCUCAUGUCAGCUAUAGGGAGGCCUGGUAGAGAGACAUUAAAGGAAUGAAUGAGUAAGAAAAAGAGAGAGAGAAUGUCAGCAAAGCAUUCCAGCUGCCACGUUUUCCUCACUAUCUAUCUUUCUGCCUGUAUGUCUGCCUCCCAAUCAGAUAUUUCUAUCAGUCAGCAGUGGGUUCCUGAAACACUGAGGCACCUCUUUUUCCAUCCAGCAAAUCAGAUGCAGAAAGAUGGAGGGAGAAAGAAAGAAAGAUUGAGGAGGCAGCAGUGAUCGGCGAGAGGCUGCCAGCUCCAACUGUAGAAAGCACAAGUCGAUGACUGAGAACUCCGCCUCCCAUGAUGGACAAGAAAAGUGCCAACGGCUUUCAGACCAAGGCCAGUGAGGGUGGUGUUCAGAGGAAGCAGCUGCCCUACUCAGUGGAAACUCCCUAUGGCUUUCACCUGGACCUUGACUUCCUCAAGUAUGUUGAUGAUAUUGAAAAGGGCAAUACCAUCAAAAGGGUCCACAUUCAGCGCAGGGUCAAGGGCCCACCCAAAUUCAGCACUCUGCCCAGAAAUUUCAGCCUUCCUGGGCAUGGAGUCAGGCCUGUUCCUAAGGACAAGGACAGCACAUGGUCUGGGACAUCCACCCUGGGGCCCAAGCCUAAAUCACGGGUGACAGAGGUUCAGCAGAUCUUUGACUUCAGGGCAAAUGAAGGGGGAACUUCAAGCCAGAGCACCACCAGAGGAGCAGCAAGUCUGGGAACUGGCUACAUUUGUGCAAAGCCUAGAGAUGAAGUUGGACCCGGGGCUCUGCAUGGUGAGGAGAAAACUGUAGGGAUUCAAAGUCGACCAAACCUUCUCCGAGCAUCCAGCAUGCCCAUUACCCUACAGCAGAGGAAAGGUUCUGAUUCAAGCAGUCCAGACCGUAAUGUGGGAACACCAGAGAGUGGGUCGACAGAAAACAUGUUCCGCGCUUCACCGGACAUAACAGAGAGACGAUGUGUUCCCCAGGAUCGGACAGGGCUUCACCAACAGAUAACAGUGGCACUGAAACGUGUCAGAGAGCUGGAAGAGCAGGUCAAAACCAUUCCAGAAUUAAAAGCUCAGAUCUGCUCACUAAAGGAGGAGAGGGAGCAGCUACUGCUCCAGCUCCAAGCCCAGGUUUCCACAUCAUCCUCUACUAUAGCCCCAGGUUCUCAUUCUGGGACAUACAGUCAGCUACAAGGACACAGACCUUCAGAAGGACUCAACUUAGCUCUGAUGACUCAACCCACUGGAGGUUUAGAAGAGUCAGAGAGUAUGCCAGCAACGAUGGCAGCAGAAAAAGAGAAAGAAGGUGUGAUAGAGAAAAGCAGAGUGUUACAAAAAGAGAGGGAAAUAAAUCAGGAAUCUGUCAAGAGGUCCUCAGCAGGUAAAGAAGCAGGUGGGUUGUCAGAGCAACAAUCACACAGACAAACACAGCUGUCAGAAAAAUCAGAUAAACAAAAAGAGACAUUAGACAGUCCUUUGGAGCAUGCAGCCCAAAAGCUAUCUCCAAACAUUGCGGGAAAAGAAUUAACAUCACUUAUGGUGGCUAUAAAAGAUGCUAGCAGUAUUCAAGGUGUUAAUGCAGGAACAGAAACAAAUCUUGUGGACCAAGAGAGUAUGCAAAAGCUCCAGGAGAAGCUUAUUACACUAGAGACUAAACUUAGUCAAGCUAGUCAAGAGCUGGAUAGAACUAAUACUCUUUUGAAAGAACAAUUAGAGGAGAACAAGGUGAAAGAGGACAGAAUAAUGCAACUGAGUGAGGGAAUGAGAGUGGAGGUGUGUGAUACAGAAGCACUCAACAGGCCAAGAAGAGAGAGCAUUGACACAGGGACAGAGACAGAGAGGGUAGAUUUUACCAACCAAGAGACAGAGACAGAAUUACCUGGUACAAUAGAUAAGGGAACAGAUACAGAUAGAAUCUGUAUUGAAGUGUGUGUACCCAAGGCAAGGACUGAAGGUAUAGAUCAAGGAACGGACAGUAACAAAGAUGACACACAUAAACAGGUGACAGACAUGGAUGCAGAAGUAGCUGCUAUGAGCCCACCAAGACCCAGAGCCAACAGUAUGGAACGGGGCACCAUCACUGAGAGAAUUACUACUCAGGAUCAGAUGACCGAGACGCCUGUAGCAGAUAGGGUAAACCAAGUCACAGAAACAGAGGGAGAGACAGUAACAGAUCAUCCACAGAGGCCGAGGGCAAGCAGUGUACACCGGGAGACAGAGACAGAGAGAGUGGACACUGUAGACAGGGUGACAGAGACAGAGGAAGCACAGAGGACAGACCAGCAAACUGAAACUGAGAUAAACAGACGUCUGGAUAACAAUCCAGCCCGAGGUGAAGAAGCAGAGAGUCAAGUGAUAGUAAGUGCAAGCUAUGAAAGAACAGAAGAUGUGGGUGUUGUGGUCAGUGAAAGAGUGGAAGAUAAGGAACCAAGAGAAAGAAUCCAAAGAGACAGUGAAGACAGUGAAAGCAUGAUUGUGGAAGUUGUCACUGAGACUAUAGAUUCAGAUAUCAUAAGCCAGGAUGAAAGCCGCACCAGACCUGCAGCAGGGGAAAAUGAAAGAUCUAAGACUGAAAUGGUAAUGGAAAAGAAAGACUCAGAAACUAAAGAAAUUUUACUCCCAAAGACUGAAGUAACAGGAACUGUUGAAACACAACAGAUUGCACUGGAGGCUGUAGAGAAGAAACAAACUCUAGAAGAUGCAACAAUCAAAGAAACUGUAGUAACUGACACAGUUGUAGUAACUGACACAGUUGUAGUAACUGACACAGUUGUAGUAACGGCAGAGAAUGAAGCUGUUAAAACAGUCGCUCCUGUACGACCUCAGAGAGGCCGAAAGCUCUCACCAGAGCAGGCACAGCCAUCACCUCCUCAACUGCAGGCUGCACCUGUGCGACCACGUAGGGGAUCCAGUGAAAGCCAAGCCCAGCAGUCCCAGCCCCAGACAAAAACCCAGCCCCCGGUGCAGGACCAGGCUCCAGGCAAGCUUGAGGUCCAAACCCCAAAAAAGACCUCUGAACCACAGAAAAAACAUCCUGCCACAUCUCCAUCUCAGGUUGAGGACAACACCCUCACAAAGAAGCAUCCUGGGGAGUCUAGUGAGAAACAAUUUCAGUCACAGCCUCAGACUCAGGGCCCAUCUCCAAGCUCCAGUGAAAUCCAAACUCGGCCCAAAUCAAUUCAAGCCCAGUCUCAGUCUCAAACCGCUGUAUCUCGACGGGACUCCAAAGAGCUUAAAGCACCCCAGAAGGGAUCCAGUGUAACACAACCUCUUACUCGUGGAUCAGGAGAACUCCAGGCCCGCACAACUCGCCAGGGGUCAUGUGACACCCAGCCUCAGUCUCAGGGCUCUCGUAGAAGCUCCAGUGAGACUAAACCUCCUCACAAAGAUGGCAGCGAGACGCAGUCUCUGCGAAGAGGCUCCAGUGAAACAGCUCAGCGUCGUGGAUCAAGUGAAGCCCUAGCCUCACGUCGGGACACUGGCGAAGCCCAGCCCCCUCGCAGAGGCUCCAGCGAGUCACCAACAUCACCUGCGGCAUUGGGCCAAGUCGUAACUCGGUUAACAGGCCUUCUGGGCGAGCAGUGGGCACAGCUGGGGAGCAGCUCUGGAACUCCACAGACGGCCAGCCAGCAGGAGAGCCCCAGUACACAGAAACAGACGGCAUGGAAAAGAACAGAGGCUGGCAAAGGAGCAUCAGCCAAGGCUGCGGGGAAAGCGGUCCCUGUGGCAACAACAGGGAAACCAGCAGGGAAGCCUGGUCCGUCCAAAAUGAGCUCUAUUCAAAGUCAACUGGUCAGCUCCCUCAGUGUCCUCUCUGCCUUUUACUCACCAGGCCAGAAAGCUGCUGCUGCUGGCAAACAGCAAGAACAAGGUCUCAAAUCUAUUAUGAAGAAAAAUGGUGCUGCUGACAAGCAGGGGAACAAGGGAGCCAAGAAAAACCUGAAGUUUGUUGGGGUGAAUGGAGGCUAUGAGACGACAUCCAGCGAAGAGUCCAGCGGAGAUGAGAAGCCGAAAGUGAACGAGGAGGAGGAAGACAGCUCAGAGCCAGAGGUAGAGAAGGAAAAGGAGACGGAGCCUCAGCCAGAGGAGGAACCCAAGGAGGGUGCAGAGACCCAGCAGAAAGACGCAGAGGUCUCAGGCGAGGGUGCUGUGGCUGCAGAGAAGGAGGCUGAGAGAGGCCUGUUGGAUCCCGAGGACCACCUGGAGCUCCUGGAAGAAGGGGAGAAAGUUGACAAAAGGUUUAUAGACGCCUGCCUCUAUGUAAAAGACCGCAUGGAAGAGGUUUCAUCCCCAGACAAAGAAAUGCGUCAGGUUUUAGUGGUGCUUUACCAGGAGUGGUUCAGGAUCUCCAGUCAGAAAGACUCGCAGGCUGAUACAGUCAGACAAUACCUGCGACAAGUGGGCUUGACCACGCCCACUCUCCUGCCGUAUGUAGUGAACUUGACAGACGGUAAUGGGAAUAUGGCCCUCCACUACAGUGUGUCACAUUCAAACUUCCCCGUGGUCAGACUGCUGCUGGAUACUGGUCUCUGUGAGACAGACAACGUGAACAAGGCAGGUUACACCCCAGUGAUGCUCGCUGCACUGACAGCUGCUGAGAGCCCUGAUGAUCUGGAGGUGGCACAACAACUGCUGAAACUGGGUGACGUCAAUGCAUGCUCCAGACAGGCGGGCCAGACGGCACUCAUGCUUGCGGUGAGCCAUGGCCGUGUUGCCAUGGUGAAGCUGCUCCUGAGCUGCUGCGCGGAUGUAAAUGCCCAGGACUGCGAGGGCUCCACGGCCCUGAUGUGCGCCAGCGAACAUGGACACACACACAUCGUUCGUCUGUUGCUGGAGACUGGUCGCUGUGACCUCAGCCUCACAGAUAAGAAUGGACACACAGCACAGUUGGUGGCAGAGGCAGCCUCCCACCAAGACAUAGUUGACCUUCUGAAGGCCCACGCUGAGACCCGAACCUCUGAACCAUCUUCUACCACAGACCUCCUCUGAGCCAGGCCGACCCUGUUUACUUCUCCAGACCACUCCAAGUGGCCGUGUCCCAAUCCUUCAAAUUGCAAGACCUUCUGCCCAUUGACAAAGAGGGAACAAGGUGAAGCACCACACCAGACCCUGUAUGACCAGCGGGAAAAGAGGAUAAGCUCUGUUUACUGUGGAACUACAUUUAAACCUCUAAGACUGGAGUGUCCAGCAACGUACGCCCACAUUUUUCUUCCAUAUUUUUGCCAACAUGCCCUGUGGCUGUUUAUGGAUAUGCUGCAUCAACCACUCAGUGGACAGAAAACAAAGGGCGCUGGUCGGAUUGAUGAUAAGACAUUGCCAUAGCGACAAGUGUAAUUGACAGGAUAUUACUUAGGCAACGGAGUGAGAAUAUAAAGAGAGAUCAGGGAUUGAUGGACUGGCAAGUGGAUGAAGAGAAACUGAUGAAGUGCUGCUUCUUAUCAUCAACUAGCUCUUCAAGCAAAAUACUAAGCACAUGAUCUACCUUUCAAAUAUAUGAUAAUAAAUAUGACAUAAUUUCUAUUUUUUUCCUUUUAUGGCAUUGACAUCGUUCUAUUCAGAUUUGGACAUAAGCCAUUACUGAGAACAUAGUAUAUGUAGAAUGUUAUUCUAACAGAUUAUAAUCAUAUAUAAACACAGAAACUGUAUUUUCUACUGCACUUUUUUAUUGUGUUUGUGUACAGUAAAUAGUUUUCUCUAAUAUUGAUGUCCAGAAGAACCUAUAUAUCUCCAUCAGACAAUUAAAUAAAAAAAACAAACAAACAAACAAAAAAAGACUUCUGGUCAAAUUUCCCAUAAUUCAUUGGAUAUUUGAAAUUGUUUAUUGUAACACUUUUUGCCAUAGUAAUGAUGUUUUUCAUCUGUGAAUUACUGAGAAACAAAAGGUUUAGCUGGAGAUGAAAUGUUUCUGUUGGACACAAAGAAAGUGGCUUUUAUAAACCACAAUAUAACCAGAUUAAAAGAAAGAUGAAGGUCUUCUAAUAAGAAGAUUGUAUCAUUCAGAAAGUGCUGCAUGCCAAUACAUAGUUACUCCCCCUACUGGCUGUCUACUAGUACUAAACAACAGUAUGUUGUAAUACUGUCUGUCCUAGCAUCUCUCUUUGUUCAUCCCUCAAAUAUAAUGUAUGUCUUGUUCGCCUGCUCGUCUCAGAAUCAAGUCAUGUAUGCAACUGCUACAAAAUGCACAAUGAAUGUCAGGCUGGCUGUGAUACAUUCCAAGAAAUAGAUGUAGCAAAUCCAACUAUACUGGCAUGGAUCACGGGACUAACUGAGACAGAGGCUGUCGGUGCUUACGGCAGACACAGGAAUGAGUCUGGACAUUUUUACCACGUGUGACUGAAAAUAUUUAAUAACUAAGAAAAUCUUGAUAACAAAGAUUGGAUCUGCCUGUUUUCAAGUCACUAACUCUAAACCACGUUGUUCCUGCCUGAUGGCGUUCCUAUUUCAAAAUGCAACUGCAACUGAAAACAGAGGGUUGUUUACGGCUUUCAGUCCUAAGAGAAGCAAUAUGAACAAAAAUACUACCUUUUCAAUCAGAAAGGUAGAACGAGUGGCUUCGGUCUAGCCUUAAUCAGAUGGCCAUCCUGCAUUUUAGAGGGGAGAUGUGUUUCAGGGACUGUUGUCUUUGUCUUCUGUUUUCCACAAACCUACACCCAUAUUCCUAAAGUAUCUUAAAAAAAGAAGUACUGGUUUGAUAAAAUGUUUACAGCUUAAUAAAUCCCCUUCAGUAGCCCCUGCAGAAAUCAUCAGUCACCAGUUCACAAGAAAAACGAAGGAAUGGUCAUAAUGGGAUCAGCAGAGGCCAUGAAAUCCCGAUUUUCAGGCCUUAGUAUGAGCCAAAACUGGAUGCUCUAAUUCACAUAAUGCAACCAAUGGAAUCAUUUUGCCUGGUUAAUGUGUGCAUCUUUAAUUUCUACACCCCAAUUUGUAAUGCAGGGUAUGUUUUAAAUGUUUAGUCUCAAAGACAACCUUUAUGGCACCAUGUGGGUUAUUUUCAGUGGAAAGCUCCUCUGGAGAACGCAUUAUACAGCUGUUUUCCCAAGCUCAGUACUGCUCCUCAUGGCGAGCAAACCGACCUAUAUGUGUAAAUUUGGUGUAGUGCCUCUUUAAAUGGUGACUGGGAUUCAAUGGGGUCACUGAAGGUGGAGGAAUUAAAGGGGAAUACCACUCAUUUUAACAACUGCCGUUAUCUGUGGUCUGUGACAGUCCAGUCUGCAUUUAAAUCACAUCCUCCAGAGGCAAGUCCAAGACUGGAGAGUCUCCAGCAUUUGUUUCUUACUGACAAAACAAAUAACUCAGCUCUUAUUAUUGCUUUUACAAAGCUGGAUUCUGUGUGCUUUUAGUCAUGAUGAAUCUAGCAUCUACUGCUAUGCCUACAGUAUUUAAUGCUGACCUCUGAGCUGAAUUUAACACCUUUUUUCUGAGAUGCAGCGUGAUCUGACCACUGACGCUGCACCAGUACUCUCUCAUUCCCAGACACUUUAUUAAUGUGGGUGCUAACAACGGGCUAUAUAGACUGACAUGAAGAUAGACCUAUUAUAUAAAGUAUCUUGAUUAUAUAGUAGUACAUACAAUGACUGUAUUUGCUCAGCCACAAUGGGAACUUUCUCAAAACUGGCUUGAUAAUCAGGUCAUAGUCAUCCGUUGAGUCAAAAAGUAGCACAGAUUUUCCGGACAACCAGGCUGCAUUUACACCGGAUCAGAAAAUCUGGAUUCUAACCCUAUGCGGCACAUCUGAUCAUUAUUGCUUGUCUGUAUAUUAACUGACGAAAAUUGGAGUCUUUGCAGAUUCCCACAUUUCAGACAGCUAAAGGAUGAUCCGAUCUGCGGCUUUGUGAAAUAUCUGGUACACCUGGUCUUCCGUGCCUGUGUAUUAAGUCUUAAAGCAAAUAGUAUUCACAUGUUUAAUCCAGUGUGACCCAGAUCUAAUAAGGUUUCAUAACUGGCUCAACACCAAAGAACUGAAAUCAAAUCUGUUUCACAUGGGGUUAAGUAUAGAGUUUUAUCUGUUCCUGUAAAUUCGGUCAAAUACAUGUAAAUACAGUAUUGUGCAAAAUAUCUAACAAGUAUUGUCUGACAGUUUGAUCAAAAAGUAUAUUAAGUAUUUAUUCCAAAUGCUAUAUUUUUUACCAUAUAUAGUAUACUUAUGUAUGCAUGGACAAAUAUUCCAGUGAUUCUGUUAAAGGGGAAUUUGGAUGAUUGGAAAUUACGCUGACGAGUGUUCCCUGAUAAUGUGAUUAUUCAGCUUAUCUUUGAUUGGUUGGAUGGUAUAGUACACGUGUGACUUGACAAGGUUUUGGACUGUGUUAUGUGAACUUUAAUGCUACCUUUGACAUUUGUUAGGGGGAAAAGAAGCAGAUCUGACACUGGCCUAAGCUACAAGGGCGAUGUUUCAUCUGGAAAAUGAAGCGUAUGUACACGACAGAGUCAAAUGUAAAAACCUGUACCUCUCUAAAGUAUUCCAUGUACAACAGGCUUAUAUGUUACAAACCAGAGAUCUACUUCUAAAUAAAUAAAUAUGAAGAUUUAAAAAUGA